AGACAGGGCUAUACAUCCUUAUGUAGAGAUUUGAUGUGUUUGUACAUAUUGAUCAGUAAACACAGCGUGUUGGCUUUACAUGCGUGUCACUGACGCUCACGUCCGUGGUGAUGGAAUAUAGCAUCAGAGGAGUUCUAUGCGGAGCAGAGCCCAUUGGCCAGCUUUUAUGCGAGAGCAAGGGUACGUCGACCUGAAUGCAGUGCUUGUCGGGCAGCCGCUCUCCCUGGCUGUCCUCAUCCCUCUCCGCUCCUCUCCUCCUCCUCCACGGUGGUAAUCCUUGCUGACACAACGCACAAAGGACUAAAUGCUGGUCGCAUCCUCCAGCAGCAGGGCUCUCUCCUCUUCCUCCUCCAGCUCUGAUCCUUUACAGCCAGGCGGCUCGCCUGUACAACAGGACGCUGUUUCUGUACGACUGCUUGUAUAUCAUAUCUCUGGAAUACCGGCCUGGCUGCCGUCCUCCUCCACCCCCUGUAUCCCCUCCUCCUCCUCCUCCUCCUCCUCCUCCGGUUCAUUCAGGGAGUGCAUCAGAACAGGGCUUCAUCCCUGAGGAGACGUUUUUUUAUCUCGCUGGAGCUGGUGGGACCACUGGUAGCUUUUUUCACCAUCUGAUGCGUUUAUGUAGCAGGAGGUAGGAGCUGCUUCCUCUCCUUCCCUGAUUUUUUUGCUCUCUCUAUUCACCCUACUGCACAUCACUAUACCAACAGUCACCCCUGAUCUGUUCCCGGAAACACCCCUGGUGCCGUCCCUGACCGCAAUAUCGUCGGCACGAGCCAGCUCCGUCCCUCAAAAGCCCCGGAGGCGCAGCAGCAGCGGGAGUAACAGCGCUGCCACGCCCCGGGCUUUGCGCUCAGCCUCCAGGCCAGCCCCCAGCAGAGGCAGCAUGGAGGUGGGCAUGCGCGUGGUGCGUGGCCUUGACUGGAAAUGGGGAAACCAGGAUGACGGCGAGGGCCACGUGGGCACUGUGGUGGAAAUCGGGCGGCAGGGCAGCACUACCACACCAGACAAGACGGUGGUGGUGCAGUGGGACAGCGGCACACGAACCAACUACCGCACUGGCUACCAGGGUUCCUAUGAUCUGCUGCUUUUUGAUAACGCUCAAAUCGGCGUGCGUCACUCCAACAUCAUCUGUGACAGCUGCAAGAAGCAUGGCAUCAUGGGAAUGCGAUGGAAGUGCAAGGUGUGCUUCGACUAUGACUUGUGCACCCAAUGUUACAUGAACAACAAGCACGACCUGAACCACGCUUUCGAGCGCUACGAGACGGCACACUCCCAGCCAGUGAGCUUGGCACCGAGGCAGAACCUCCCGCGGAUCAUCCUCAAGGGAAUCUUCCAGGGGGUUAAAGUGGUUCGUGGACCUGACUGGGACUGGGGCAACCAAGACGGCGGGGAGGGUAAGGUUGGGAAGGUAGUGGACAUUCGCGGCUGGGACACAGAGUCUGGUCGCAGCGUGGCCAGCGUCACCUGGUCUAAUGGCACCACCAAUGUCUACCGAAUGGGCCACAAGGGCAAGGUAGACCUCAAAUACGUGUCUGACGGCCAAGGAGGCUUCUACUACAAAGACCACCUACCAAGGCUUGGAGAGCACGCGGAGCUGCAGCGCCAGGAGAGCGCUGAAGGCCACUCCUUCCAGCAGGGCGACAAGGUCAAAUGUCUCUUGGAGAUGGAGAUCCUGCGACAGAUGCAGGAGGGCCACGGAGGAUGGAACCCCAAAAUGGCUGAGUACAUUUGCCGGAUCGGGACUGUUCAUAGAAUCACUGACCGAGGAGAUGUGAGAGUCCAGUACAGCAACAACAUCCGCUGGACUUUCCAUCCUGGGGCCCUCACCAAGGUGAACACUUUUGGAGUUGGCGAACUAGUGAGAGUGUUGGAGGACAUCGAGAGUGUGAAGAGAUUGCAGGCUGGCCAUGGAGAGUGGACAGACAGCAUGGCUCCUGUGCUUGGCCAGGCCGGGAAGGUGUUGAAAGUAUAUGCGGAUGGUGACCUACGGGUGGCGUUUGGGGGUCAGACGUGGACGUUCAACCCGGCGUGCCUCUCUUCCCAGUCUGUGGAGGUGGACGCCAACCUCAUGACAGCCGAGAACCCUAACGAAUCUGGAAGUACUGUCAUCUCAGUGUUGGAGAAGCUGCUGUCUCAGUCCACAGAGCAGGACAAUCCCAGCCGGCUGGUCAUUGAGGCAGCACACGGCAGUGCCAGCAAAGUGCGGGAGUUGGUGCAGAAGUAUCCUGACAAGGUGGAUAUAAAGAACCAGGGCAAGACUGCACUGCAGGUCGCUGCUCACCAGGGCCACAUGGAGGUGGUGAAGGCUCUGCUGCAGGCCAACAGCUCUAUAGAGGUCAAGGAUGAAGAUGGAGACACUUCGUUGCAUUACACUGCCUUUGGUAAUCAGGCAGAGAUCACACGGCUGCUGUUGAGCAAGGGGGCAAACGUCAACCUACUGAACAACUCCAUGUGCACGGCGCUCCACAUCGCCGUCAACAAGGGCUUCACCGACGUGGUGCGAGUGCUGACCGAAUAUUCGGCUGACGUCAAUCUCCAGGAUUCAUACGGGGACACGCCGCUCCAUGACGCCAUCGCAAAAGAUUUCCGCAACAUCAUUGAGAUCCUGGUCUUGGUGCCCAGCAUUGACUUCACACAGCAGAACAACCGAGGCUUCAACCUGUUGCAUCACGCCGCCCUCAAAGGAAACAAACUCGCCACAGAGAAGAUCUUGGCCAGAGCGCGGCAGCUGGUGGACGUUAAGAAGGAGGACGGCUUCUCUGCGCUGCAUCUGGCCUCCCUCAACAACCACCGGGACGUCGCCGAGAUCCUCGUCAAGGAGGGACGCUGCGAUAUCAACAUCCGCAACAACCGGAACCAGACGCCGCUGCAGCUGGCGGUGACGCAGGGCCACACCGACCUGGUGCAGAUGCUGGUGACCGAGGGCGCCGACGUCAACAUGGAGGACGAGGACGGCGACACGGCCAUGCACGUUGCCCUCCUCCGCCCGCAGCUGGCCAACGUUAUGCUCAGCCCCGCCGUGGGAACCAGCAGCACCGAGGAGAGCGGCGAGGGAUGCUCCUCCACAUCGCUCUACUGCAGGCUGAGUGCUUCAGGUCUUCUGGGGAAUACCGAGCUGAGUGUUGGCGCAGCUAUCGCUUGUUUCCUAGCGCAGGAAGGGUCUGACAUCAACUACGCCAACCACAAGGGAAAGAGUCCCCUGGACCUGGUGGCAGACAGCGGCAUGCUGCAGCUCAUCAAGAGCUUCUCUGAGAAACACAGGUUGCAGCGUCUGCAGGCCAUCACAUCUGGGCAGGGCCUGAGCAGCGCCAGCCUGCGGCGGGUCCACACUACACCCAACACCAUGACCAACCUGGUUCUUCCCACGCCGCCGGGGCCCAGCGAAUGCCUCAUCUGCUCCGAGCUGGCUCUGCUGGUUCUCUUCUGCCCUUGCCAGCACAGCGUGGCCUGUGAAGAGUGUGCCCAUCGAAUGAAGAAAUGCAUCAAAUGCCAAGUAACAAUCACCAAGAAAAUUAGGCAAGACCAAACGGAGGUGGACUGCAGCCCCGGCACCGAGAACUCGGAGCAGCACAACCUGCUGGAGCAGCUGCAGUCUCGCUACCGCCAGAUGGAGGAGCGGAUCACCUGCCCCAUCUGCAUCGACAACCACAUCAAGCUGGUCUUCCAGUGCGGACACGCCUCCUGCAUCGACUGCAGCGCCGCGCUCAAGACCUGCCCCAUCUGCCGGCAGACCAUCCGAGAGCGCAUCCAGUUAUUCGUCUGAGCUCCUCUGUCCUCUCAGCUCUUAACGACCCAAAGAGGAUGUCGGAUGGAGAGAAGUGGUGGUGGGAGGGGGCAGCUGUUACCUUUUUGAAGACCCAGUGACCCAUAUCUGCCUGUCGCACCCUCCUGCUCAUCCCUCACCUCACCUGAUCGAAUGCUCACUCAGCCCAUAGGUUGCUUUAAGCUGUUACAUCGCUGAGAGUCCACUGUUUGUUACAUUUUGAGUAGUUUCCUCUCGAACAGCGCAGGCAGGAACAUCUCCAUAACUUUACCUUCAUUUUUUUGGCGUCAGAACUGAUGUUCCGCCGAGCCCGACGAGAUGGGGCGAGGUAAAGAUGUGAGGCGAUGCUGCCCCUUCUUUGAGUACUUUGAUUGGUAAUCUAGGAGAAAAAGGUCCUUCACUUAUUGUUUUCCUCCCUCCCGCCCAGCCUCCACCUCCUGUAAUCUGUCCUAUCUUUGCUGCUUUAAGUGGAUGUCUGUUACCCAUCAUCCUCUCUGGCUGUCUGGCCUCCUUUGUUUACAAGGCUGCGCAGAAUCAGUCCCCGUCUUCUCGCCUGUCCUGUGAGUUACGUUUGCUCUCAUUUGUACCGAUCUCUUAAUAAUCAGUGUUAGUCUCUGCAGAGGGAGUUGGUAUAACUAAAGGCUCUCUAUAUAGUCCCCAACCACUCGCCUGUAUGCAAGGGGAAAUACACACUAUAUAUGCAUGAAUAUAUGCAUAUUGUAAAGCUGAAAAUGACUGUGUCGUCAUGGGUGAUUUGUCGUUGUUGUUGUUUUAUUUCUCUCUGGUUACAUUUGUGGUUUUUAAUGUACCGAUCAGUACAGGUUUUUAUUUAUGUGUGAAAGGUGGUAUUACUUAGUAAUGUCCUUUUUUCAGUUGGUGUUUGCUUGGCAAAAAUUUGUUUUUGUUUCUACUGAACUUCACCCCAAGCCUAUGUCCUCUACUCAGGGUAUCAAAUCAUUGAAAGCACUUGUGAUAUCCAUAACAGGUUAAAGAGCCCGCCCCCCCUACCGCACCCACCAUUACAGAGCUACAGUGUGUCGGAUCAUUUUAACGGGGGUCGCUAAAAGAAAAGGUCAUAAAGUUGUGCAUUCUCAAAAUUCACUUCAAAAUGUCAUUCUCAUUAGUGAAAUGAAUGUUUGCAGAAGAGUUUCUGCAACAAAACUGACAUUUUCCUCCAAAAAAAAAGCAAAACAAAAGGUUUGUGAAGCAUACCAGAAGCACCAGUCAGCUUUAAAGCAUUGUGUUGGCCUGCCUGUUUGUUCCUGAAGACCGCAGUCUGUCUGGUGUAGAGACCCCAACAAGCAGCGAAUACUCGUGCUUUGUUAUAAUUCAUCCACCAGAUAUAUUAUACGAUAUAGAAUCAGAAGGGCAAAAACGUGACAUAGUUGUGUUGCACCUCUAGUUCAACGUCUACCCUCCCCUUUCUCCUCUGGAGUUCUGGAUUGUACAUCAUCUUCAUCCUUUCUAAUGUUUUGGUGUGUUUUCUUGAAGGGCUUAUGCAUAUAAGAAAAAAAAAUCCUAUCUAUUUUAAUCGUUAUUUAAUUUUUAUUUUCUAUAUAAACUUCCAGAGACAGGAGUUUUUUUUGUCUUCAUUAGAUCCCAAAUUUUGGGAGAGCCAAUGUUAAAGAUGUACAUUUGAAUGUCGGGGAAGAAAAAUGUAUCCUGUCUCACUCUGCCUUUUUUAUGUGUAAAGAAAAAAAAGAUGUAAGAGAAGGAGCUAGAGAGACUGAGACGUGUUUACCGCGAGUUUUACUUUGAGGAAAGAACUUUUACAUCUGUGCCAAAUCGCAUGAGGAUGUGCAUGGGCAUGCACGCCCGAAUUUAUCUAGACGCACUAUGCUAAACCCCUCCGAGCUCAAGUGAGGGUUCAAUUAUUCCAGCAGUGUGAAGUAAAAGCAAACGUUCAUAUUUUAUUAUGUUCAAAAUAAGAAGUGUUAUCUCAGCAGUUAGAAGUUGAGCUAAUGGUGUUAGCCUCCUGACUUUAGCUGUAGUGCUCUGAACCUCCUCAUGUUCUCAAAGACAAAAUUACCAGUCCCAUAUUGUUUGGAGCUUUUUACGAGUAUAUAUAUUUAUAUUUUGUGAGACAUUAUCAAUCAAGAGACAAGUUUCAUACAGAAAUUUCGACAUUUUAAGGAUUGUCCAUUGGUGUUUUAAGUUGAUGGGUUUACAGGCAAAGGCAAUAAUGUUUUAGAAAAACGGGGAAGAUGUUUGAGUUCUUUCUUUUUCUCCCCCUUGAGGAGGUCGCUGUGAGGGCGGGAAACAAUUUAUGUAUAAAAACACAAAAUGUUACUAUUGGUGUUUGUACAGUUCAGCUCUUGGAGUUCUGAUGUUGGCCUUACUGUCCAUUCCUCCUCUGUUGAUGUUUUUUCAGUUGUAUUCUGUACAAAAAUAUUUUGCAAUAAAUAUGAAACGGUUUUCUAAGGA